AUGGCUUCUGCUGCUGCUUCACUCAUCGCUACGCCUGAAGAGGCCGUCGCGAGAAUCGCAUACCUUGCGAGCGAUGUCGUCGUCUCUGUCCAGCCUUCCCAGGCUGUCGACUCGGGCUUCUCGAAGCACCUGAAGGCUCUGGCCGGUAGCAAGGCUCAGAGUUUGGUUGCUGCUUCAUCAGACUCAGUCCCCGAGAUCCAAUCGGUCAGGCACAACACCGACCCGCUGCUCUCGGUCUACACGCCCAUCCGCUCCGGGCGCCUGGUCUCGGUCACCACCAGCUCCUCCAUCCUCCUCCCUUCAGUCGCCCACCUGUACAAGCUCGCCAACUUCCCCGUCGUCAUCCACGUCUCUCUCCAGCCCGAGAGGUUCCCAGACUACUCGGCCAUCACGUCCAUCCGGAAUUCGGGAUGGACCUUCCUCCAGUCCGAGUCUGUCCAGGAGGCCCAGGACAUCGCCCUGACCGCCCACGCCCUGGCCGUCCGCUCCGGCAAGGGCGUCAUCCACUUCUUCAACCCCGCCGCCCUGGCCCACGACGAGCCCAUCGCCCGGGAGAACGUCGAGCUCGUCCGGGACAUCCUGAACCUGGACGACGUGAGGCGGUUCCAGUCCGCCCAGAGCUCCGGCAGCGGCAUCUACGCUGACGACGGCCGCGUCGCUGUCGCCUCUGACGUUGCCGACGCCGUGGCCCCCGCCGCCGUGGCCCCGGCCAUCUCCAGCGGCCUCCACGCCCAGAUCGAGGCCGCGUCCUCCAAGAACGUCUCCUCACACACCUCGGUCAAGUCCAGCCAGGAGAGCUCGAGCAGCUCCCCCCCGCCCUCCUCCGCCGCCACGACGAUCGAGGAGGCCCCCAGGCUGGUCUCCUCCGAGGACAUCUACAAGUACGUGACCGGCAUCUGGUCGCAGCUGGAGCGUGCCACCGGCCGCCUCUACAGCCCCUUCGAGUGGUCCGGCCCCGCCGAUGCCGAGAACCUGCUCUUCAUCUUCGGCUCCGACGCCGGCCUGUUCUCCGAGGUCAUCGACUCGGCCAACAGCGCCGACUACGCCAAGCUCGGCAUAAUCACCCCCCGCCUCUACCGGCCCUGGCUCGGCACCAAGCUGCUCGAGGACAUCCCGCAGUCCGUCAAGAGGAUCGCCGUCCUCGAGCAGAUCAGCCGCAAGACCACCAAGUGGGGUCCCAUCCUGAUCGACGUCCUGACGUCGGUCAAGAGCGGCCCCGCCGGCGUCCAGUCCAUCGUCGGAUACCAGAUCGGCUACAUCACCCGGCAGACCGCCGAGCAAGCGCUGCGAGGCAUCUGGCAGAACCUGACCUCGGAGAAGCCCAUCCAGAACCUCCAGGUCGGCGCCCAGCAGGGCCCCGAGCAGGCCCGGACGUCCAGCCUGGAGAAGCCCAAGGUCGAGACCGCCUACACCAAGAUCCUCGACCAGCUGUUCGGCAGCCGCGUCUACACCGCCAACGCCCUGGGCUCCGACAACGCCGGCGUCUCCGAGACCAUCGCCGCCAGCCCCGAGUUCGGCUUCGGCUCGCUCCUCGCCCGCAAGGAGCGCCGCCAGCAGUUUGUCGCCGAGGCCCGGGAGGCCGCCAGCUCCGGCAAGUUCGACUCCGAGGCCCCGAGGCAGUCGCUCACCAAGUGGACGCUGAACGCCGAGGACGGCAAGAAUGCCGAGGAGCUCGCCGAGGGUGUCGUCUCCCAGCUCGAGAGCGACAAGUCCGCCGUCGCCGCCAAGCUCCUGGAGAACAAGGCCUUCUUCCGCAAGGAGUCCCUGUGGCUGGUCGGCUCCGACGCCUGGGCGUACGAUCUCGGCAACUCCGGCGUCCACCACGUCCUGGCCUCGGGCGAGAACGUCAACAUGCUCAUCAUCGACUCGACACCCUACUCUGAGCGCGCCGCCGCCGAUGCCAACCGGAGGAAGAAGGAUAUCGGCCUGUACGCCAUGAACUUUGGCAACGCCUACGUCGCCUCCACCGCCGUCUACAGCUCCUACACCCAGGUCCUGCAGGCCAUGGACGAGGCCGACAAGUUCAACGGCCCCUCCAUCGUCCUCGCCUACCUGCCCUACUUUGGCGAGCACGACUCGCCCCUCACCGUCCUCCAGGAGACCAAGAAGGCGGUCGACCUGGGCUACUGGCCCCUGUACCGCUGGAACCCCGAGAACGAGAAGAAGAACGAGCCCAACUUUGCCCUGGACUCGGAGCUCAUCAAGAAGGAGCUCAAGGCAUUCCUGGACCGGGACAACCAGCUCACCCAGAUGCAGCGCAAGGAGCCCGUCUUUGGCGCCGCCCUGGCCCAGGACUGGGGCACCGAGGUCCGCGCCCAGCAGAAGCGGAAGGCCAGGGACGCGUACAACCAGCUGCUCGAGGGCCUGUUCGGCGCUCCCCUGACCAUCCUGUACGCCUCCGACAACGGCAACGCCACCUCCAUCGCCAAGCGGCUCGGCACUCGCGGCCGCGCCCGGGGCCUCAAGACCACCGUCAUGGCCAUGGAGGACUACCCCGUCGAGGACCUGCCCGCCGAGGAGAACAUCGUCCUCGUCACCUCCGUCGCCGGCCAGGGCGAGUUCCCCCAGAACGGCAAGCCCUUCUGGGACGCCAUCAAGGACAGCACCGACCUGGACCUGGCCGCCGUCAACUACUCCGUCUUCGGCCUGGGCGACAGCCACUACUGGCCGCGCAAGGAGGACAAGAUCUACUACAACAAGCCCGCCAAGGACCUGGACCGCGUGCUCGCCAACUUUGGCGGCAAGCGCCUCGCGGAGAUCGGCCUCGGCGACGACCAGGACCCGGACGGCUUCCAGACCGGCUACGCGGAGUGGGAGCCCAAGAUCUGGGCCGCGCUCGGCGUCGACAACGUCGAGGGCCUGCCCGAGGAGCCGCCACCGAAGACCAACGAGGACAUCAAGGUGGCGUCCAACUACCUGCGCGGCACCAUCCUCGAGGGCCUCAGGGACACCUCGACGGGCGCCCUCUCGGCCGACGACUGCCAGCUGACCAAGUUCCACGGCACCUACAUGCAGGACGACCGCGACGUGCGCGACGAGCGCAAGGCCCAGGGCCUCGAGCCGGCCUACUCGUUCAUGAUCCGCUGCCGGCUGCCCGGCGGCAUCUCGACGCCCAAGCAGUGGCUCCAGAUGGACGAGAUCGCCAACAACCUCGGCAACGAGACCAUGAAGCUGACGACGCGCCAGACGUUCCAGUUCCACGGCGUCGUCAAGGGCAAGCUCAAGCCCGCCAUGCAGGCCAUCAACCGCGCCCUCAUGGACACCCUGGCCGCCUGCGGCGACGUCAACCGCAACGUCAUGUGCAGCUCGCUGCCCACGCACGCGGCCCUCCAGAAGGAGGUCUGGCAGUACUCCAAGAAGAUCAGCGAGCACCUGCUGCCGUCCACCUCGGCCUACCACGAGAUCUGGCUGACGGACGACGACGACAAGAAGACGCAGGUCGCCGGCGACGCCGUGCAGGACUUUGAGCCGCUCUACGGGCCCACCUACCUGCCGCGCAAGUUCAAGAUCACCAUCGCCAUCCCGCCCCACAACGACACCGACGUCUACGCGCACGACAUCGGCCUCGUCGCCAUCAAGGGCGACGACGGCCGCCUCGCCGGCUUCAACAUGAUGAUCGGCGGCGGCAUGGGCACGACGCACAACAACAAGAAGACGUACCCGCAGCUGGGCCGCAUGAUGGGCUUCGUCGCGCCCGACCAGGUGCACCUCGCCUGCGAGAAGGUCAUGCUCGUGCAGCGCGACCACGGCGACCGCAAGAACCGCAAGCACGCGCGCCUCAAGUACACGGUCGACGACAUGGGGCCCGACGUCUUCAAGGCCAAGGUCGAGGCGCUCUGGGGCCGCGAGUUCGCGCCCGCGCGGCCCUUCAGGUUCGAGUCCAACGUCGACACGUUCGGCUGGCAGCGCGACGAGGCGGGCAUGAACCACUUCACCUUCUUCAUCGAGAACGGGCGCAUCGAGGACACGCCCGAGUUCCAGAUGAAGACGGGCCUGCGCGAGAUCGCCAAAGUGCACAAGGGCGAGUUCCGCCUGACGGGCAACCAGCACCUGAUCCUGAGCAACGUGGCGGACGGGGACGUCGGCGCGCUCAAGUCCCUGAUGAAGCAGUACGGGCUCGACAACGUGCACUUCUCGGCGCUGCGGCUCUCGAGCUCGGCGUGCGUCGCGUUCCCGACGUGCGGGCUCGCCAUGGCCGAGUCGGAGCGCUACCUGCCCGUGCUCAUCUCCAAGCUCGAGGCCUGCCUCGAGGAGAACGGCCUGCGGCAGGACUCGAUCGUCAUGCGCAUGACGGGCUGCCCCAACGGCUGCGCGCGGCCCUGGCUCGCCGAGGUCGCCUUUGUCGGCAAGGCCUACGGCGCCUACAACAUGUACCUGGGAGGUGGCUACCACGGCCAGCGGCUCAACAAGCUGUACCGGUCGAGCAUCAAGGAGGACGAGAUCCUGGCCAUCAUGCGGCCGCUCCUCAAGCGGUACGCCACUGAGCGCGAGCAGGGGGAGAGGUUUGGCGACUUUUGCAUCCGGGUGGGCAUCAUCAAGGCGACGACCGAGGGGCGGGAUUUCCAUGCUGAUGUCGCUGAGGAGGAGUCUGAUGAGGAGUAG